GGGGCGGCGUUCGUGGUUCCUCGUCCCACCUCCGUGCCCGCGCCGCUGCCCGCCUCCGCGUCCCUGAGCAGCCCGGCCCGGCCGGGGGCGACGCCGAGGCCCUGGCGGAGCCGCCGCCCCCGCCGCGGGGGCAGACGUCGCCAGGCCCGGUGAACCGCCGCCCGGGCGGCGUCCGCGGCGGGCCCGUGUCGUCGCCGCCGGGGCGCCGGGCCCGCCUGUCGUCCCCCGGGGCCGGCCGCUCGUCCGCCGAGGCCCGCGAGGAGCUGCGGCGCCGCCUCCUGGGCCUGAUCGAGGGCAGCCGAGUGAUGAUCUUCAGCAAGAGCUACUGUCCGCACAGCGCGCGGAGUUUAUUUAUCCAUGUGUUACUGCACAGACACUUCUCUGCUCAGCAGGUUAAAGAACUGUUUUCUUCCUUGGGAGUUGAAUGCAAUAUCUUGGAACUUGAUCAAAUUGAUGAUGGGGCCAGUGUUCAAGAAGUGCUGUCAGAGAUCACCAGUCAGAGAACUGUGCCCAAUAUUUUCGUGAAUAAAGUGCAUAUGGGUGGAUGUGACCGAACUUUCCAGGCACAUCAGAGUGGUUUAUUACAGAAGCUCCUUCAGGGAGAUUCAGCAUAUGACUAUGACCUCAUUGUCAUUGGUGGUGGUUCUGGUGGCCUUGCGUGUGCUCAGGAAGCUGCCAUUUUGGGAAAGAAAGUUAUGGUGCUAGACUUUGUGGUCCCGUCCCCUCAGGGCACGUCCUGGGGUCUUGGUGGUACUUGUGUAAAUGUAGGCUGUAUUCCUAAGAAAUUGAUGCAUCAGGCUGCCCUUUUGGGGCAGGCAUUAGUUGACUCAAGGAAAUUUGGCUGGGAGUAUAAUCAACAAGUGAAGCACAACUGGGAGACCAUGACAGAAGCGAUUCAAAACCACAUUGGAUCUCUAAAUUGGGGCUACAGGUUGUCUUUGAGGGAGAAGGCUGUGGCCUAUGUCAAUUCCUAUGGAGAAUUUGUCGAACAUCAUAAAAUAAAGGCAACCAAUAGAAAAGGACAGGAAACCUGUUAUACUGCUGCAAAAUUUGUCAUAGCAACAGGUGAGAGGCCACGGUAUUUAGGAAUCCAAGGAGAUAAAGAAUACUGCAUUACUAGUGAUGACCUUUUUUCUCUGCCUUAUUGCCCUGGCAAAACCUUAGUAGUGGGUGCAUCUUACGUUGCUCUGGAAUGUGCAGGAUUUCUUGCUGGCGUUGGCUUAGAUGUCACAGUUAUGGUGCGCUCAAUCCUUCUUCGUGGCUUUGAUCAAGAAAUGGCAGAGAAAGUGGGUUCCUACAUGGAACAACAUGGUGUUAAGUUCUUAAGAAAAUUUGUGCCUGUGAUGGUUCAACAGUUGGAGAAAGGUUCGCCUGGAAAGCUGAAAGUAGUGGCUAAAUCCACUGAAGGACCAGAAACUAUUGAAGGAGUAUAUAACACAGUUUUGUUAGCAAUUGGUCGUGACUCCUGUACAAAGAAAAUAGGCUUGGAGAAGAUCGGUGUCAAAAUCAAUGAGAAGAGUGGCAAAGUACCAGUAAAUGAUGUGGAGCAGACCAAUGUGCCCUAUGUUUACGCGAUUGGGGACGUUCUGGAGGGGAAACUUGAGCUCACUCCUGUCGCCAUACAGGCGGGCAAGCUGCUGGCUCGAAGACUUUUUGGGGGCCGUUUAGAAAAGUGUGAUUAUAUUAAUGUUCCAACUACAGUGUUUACUCCUUUGGAAUAUGGCUGCUGUGGAUUAUCUGAAGAGAAAGCUAUUGAAGUGUAUAAAAAGGAGAAUCUAGAAGUGUAUCAUACUUUGUUCUGGCCUCUUGAAUGGACAGUCGCCGGCAGAGACAACAAUACUUGUUACGCAAAGAUAAUUUGCAAUAAAUUCGACAAUGAUCGGGUGAUAGGAUUUCAUAUUCUUGGACCGAAUGCCGGUGAGGUUACCCAAGGAUUUGCAGCUGCAAUGAAAUGUGGGCUUACAAAGCAGCUGCUCGAUGACACCAUUGGAAUUCACCCCACGUGUGGUGUUCACAACGUUGGAAAUCACAAAGUCCUCGGGACUGGACAUCACGCAGGAAGGCUGCUGAGGCUAGUCCCGCUGCUGCUUGCUUUCCUUGUCCUGUUCCCGUUUCUUUCUUCUCGUCUCAGAGGAGGCGAGUCUGUGCUCAUGGCGCCUGCUCUGUGGUGCAGGCACAGCGCAGGGCUUUCCCUCACAGAGGGAGACCAGCCAGUAGAUGAGGAGACAGGACAGCAGCGGGCAUCUGCUCAGCAGGCUCCUGACUGGCAGAGGCAGUUACACUGCUUCCUUGACGUUGUAGCUCGGAACCCCAUCACGAGGGGAGCUAAGACCGACGCUCUUCCAAGUCAGAAUUGAGCUUCUAUCUGAAAGACCUUGUCAUCGCACAGCUAAUCUAAGUUAACUUUUCUGGUUGCUAGUGUUUUUAUUCCCUUGCUUUGUUGUUCCUAUGAAAAUAUUUUCUGUUAUGAAACUGACUAUAAAGUGGUGAUCUUUCCAUGUGUGGGCCUGGAAUUUGCACGUGGUCGCUGGUGAGUGCUGUCUGUGGAAAUGCCCUCAAGUAGCUGGCUGCAGAGGUCAGGGUGCGUUAGUAGAAAGCUGCACUCACUGUAUAGAGUUUAGUUAGCUGUCUUCUCCUUUGAGUACAGUUUUACCCACAGUCAGAAACCUGCCUCACCCCUCACCAGCUCCUGGUUUCCCGAUGGUCGCCACCCUGGAGCCGUUCUCCUCUUACUGUCUCUAGACUGCGUAGGAUAUCUUCUGUCAGAGAGAGGUGCUUGAAUUUCUUUUUCAUGUUGAUCUUAAGAGUAAUAUUAAAAAGUUUUCAAUAUUG